AUCAGGGUACAUCGGUCAUCUACCCCGCCAGCUGCCAGCAGAACGUUUUAAGUUUUUAACUCACCCUGAGUGACGACUCGGCGACGCCGACCCAACCUCCAGUCCUCCACCCUCAGCGCCACCGUCCGAAUACAUCUUCUGCACAUUUCAUUUCAAGCAACUUGGUCCGAAAUUGGUGGUUGAUCACUGCGUUUCUCUCUCUCCUCUCUACAGCAAUGAACCUAGUUCAGUAUCAAUCAAUGGCACCUCCUCAUCCUCCCCCUCCUCAACAAUGGGGUCCAUCAAUUCCUCCAAACCCACCUCCUUCAAGCACUUUCUGGAACCCCUUUAAUGUCCAACACCGCUUGAAAGACUUACAUGAAACUCUCUCUCUCGCAAAUGCACUGCAAAAAGAGAUGGAGAUGUUGAUGAAGGUUAAGGAAGGAAAGGGGGGUAAUGGUGGAAAUGUUGAUUGUUCAAUUAAUAGCUCAGAAGUUGAUGAAUUUUCUACGUUUUUUGAAGAUAAUAGGAUUGAUUUGGGUGCUCAAGAAUUGAUUUCAGUGGAGGCUGCAAAUGGGUUGAUGUCAAAAUUAAGGUUUUUGAUUGAGCCUUUUAGGUUUGUUACUGAUGCUGGGAUCCCAUGGGAGGAGAAGUCUGCUGUUGUUAGAUUGAGUAACAAGGUUAACAAGUCCAAACGGAAUAAGCUGUGGAGGAAGAGGAAGAGACGGCGUGUUGCAGAAGUGCUUGCUAAGGCAGGCGAGCAAUUCCAGAAAUUCGAUCGAGAAGCUGAUGAAUGGAGGGCUAAAGAAAUUGCCAAGGAUAUGGCGCAACAAAAGGUUGAAAAAAUGAAGGUGAUUGCAAAACAGAAGGCUAAGGAGGAAAGGAAGAAAUUGGAAGCUGAGCUUGAGCUGGCUCUGAUGGUUGAGAAGUUGCAAGAACUGCGGUCUGUCAGGAUACAGAAGUUAAAAAAACAAGGGCACUUUCUUCCCGAAGAAGAUGACAAAUUUCUUGAGAGAAUUCAAGCUGCAGUUGAAGAGGAAGAGCGCCAAGCCAAGGCUGCUGCAGCCACAGAUGCAGCCAAGGAUGCUAUUGCAGCUGCUGAAGAAUCUAGAAAGGUUUCCCAGGGUGCCAAGUUAGAUUCAAAGGAUGAAAGAAGUAACUAUGAUGAUGAAGAAAAUCAAGAGCAGAGAGCUGAAAGUAGAAGUGGACUUGGCUCUCUGGCAUCCACUAGCAAAGAGUCUGAAAAGCAAGGCUCUGAUGGACAAAGCCAUGGUGCUUAUGACUAUGUGGCUAAUUUACCCCCAGAGUUCUAUCACUAUUAUCAUGGAAGUAAUACUGACAUGGGUACUCUCAUUGAGGUUCGGAGAACAUGGGAUGCAUAUUUAAGACCUGGGGGAAGUCGGAUUCCUGGUCACUGGAUUCAACCACCCCUUCCAGCAGACGAAGUAUGGGCAUCAUAUCUUGUGCAGCAAAGAUGAUAUCUUAAUAUUAGUCGCCCUGCAACUCUGCAAGUUUCUGAAGAACUGUUGAUAUUCAAUUGUUCUCAUCCUUGAUAAACAGCAAGGUGCAUCAGCAUCAUCUUGUUGUUGCUGCUGCCUAGAUUCCAUUGAAUAUGGAUAAUUGUACUGAUGCAUUCUGUGUUGGGACGGAGAUCAAAUAACAAUGAUGAUAAGGAAAUACGAUCUCUAUAGACUGAGAGAGAGCAGAUGAAAUGCUCUCCAGCAUGUCAAACACCACCACCACCUUGAUUCUGUCUUCACCCAUGGGUCAAGUUUAGCAUUAAAAAGCUUCGCUUUAGCGAUUACAUCCAAAAGUGCUCUCCCAGGGGAUAACUAAGAUAUUCUUCCUUGAAGGUGUCCAGCCAGUUUGACCCAUCGCGAGGUCAUCUUUCGUGUGUUAGACCUAUAAUUGGUAAUUUGAUUUGCUAAACUGUACAUACUUCAAUUGAAUUCACAUAUUUCUGUAUUUCACAAAGUGUGUACAUUUGAAUAAUUUACUCACUCUGACUCCGCUGGUCUGCUGAAUGGUUCUCCUUCUGGUACGAUCAUGGUCUGCUGGUUGGUUCAGGAAUUACGUACAACAUUUCACUCUGACUCCACAGUAUGUAGGAUGUCUGUUAGUUAGGUAUCUCGUUCACUGGCCUCUCAAGCUCAUACACCCUGGCAACUGCAACUUGUCUUCGACAUCUUCGUUUUUACGCCGUUGUUUUUUUUGUUUUGCACUUCGAAAUAAAUAAUUCAGUGACAGAUAACUUGCACAUA